GAGGCUGGGGAGUUCCAGGGCCACGCCGCCGUGGCCCCGCCAGGGCAGGCGCAGCCUGGCGCCGGCCCCGAGGUGGAGGCCGCGGCGAGGAGCGAGCACCAGGUAGCGGAGUUCCAGCAGUGGUGGGAUGCUGGGCACGGAGCGGGCGCGGCGGCCGAGCACGCCGUGCUGGGCCUGAUCGACGUCUGCCAGCUGGCGCAGAUCGUAUCGGCCGGCGCCGGAUACCACACCAUCUUGACGCUGGACAGGCUGGAUGCGCUGCAGAGGAGGAUCGCCUCGGACGGGCGCGCCGAGCUGGACCCCCUGCGCCGGGCGCUCCAGGCGCGCGGCGGCGCCAAGCCGCAGGCGCGCGCCGUCGGCUCCCUGCUCUUCAGGGAGGCCCUCGCCCUGUUCCUCGGGCUCCGCCAGGGGCGGCCCGGUGCAGCGCCCGGCGCGGCCCUCGCGAGCUCCCCGCGAGGCCCGCCGAUGGGUCAGGCGGGCGCCGCCGUGGCCGCGGGCACGCCACCGCGGCGAGGCGGUGACGGCGCCGCGGCGGCGGGCGCGACCAGCGACGCCGCUGGGGCCGCGGCGCUGGACGAGGCCUGGGAGCCUCCGCGGCCCUUCGUCGUGUGUUCCGAGGAGCUCGGCGUGCGCUGCGCGCCCUGCCACCAGGGCGAGCUGCUCGCCAGCGUGCCCCGCGGCACCGAGCUCCUGGCGACGGGGCGCCACGGGGAGUUCCUCUCUGUGCAGGCCUUCGGUGCCCGGGGCGAGCCUCGCGCCGCCUUUGUGCCCUUGGCCGCCGGCGGCGUUCAGCUGCUGGUCGAGGCGCCAGCCUCCCCGGAGCGGCGGGGCACCGGCGGCGGGAGCGGGGCCCGCGGGUCCCCGCCGCAGGGGCCGCCGGCGCCUGGCCCUGCGGAGGUGCUGGCUGCGGACCCGACGGCGCGCCUCUUGGCGCUGGAGGCCAAGGUGCAGGCCCAGGACGCCGAGCUCGGCGCCCUGCGCGAGGAGUUGGCGUGCCUCCGCGAGGGCCUGGGUGCUGCGGCGGCCCUGUUCAAGGGCAUGGCCCUCUCCGGCGACCGUGGUGCCGCAGCUACUCCGGCGGACGCGUUGGCGCAGGACAGGCGGCCCAUCUCGAUCCUCUUCCGUGGUCGACGGCACGCAGACAAGCCGCUCUUGUCUGGGGCCCCUCUGGCGCGUACGUGGCCAUCUCUGACGGCUCCAGGGCCGAGCAAAGGCGCUGCUGCGUCAGGUGCCCGCGCUCCCCGGACCGCACGCCGCGCCCCGCGGCGGGGGGUAGAGUCGACGCGGAGCGGCGCCGCGGCUCGCGGGGGGGCCCGCGGCGGGCGGAGGGGACAGUUCCCGCGUACGAGAAAGGGAGAAGAGCGGGGGGAGCCGUGGAAUUCGGUGCACAGAUCCGGCGAAUUCGGGCGCGCGCGGUGGCCGGGGGGCGCCGGGGCUGCGGCACCAGGGGCGCGCAGAGGCCCCCUGCGGAGCGCGGGCGGCGAGGCGGCGAGCCGAACCUGGCCUGGCGGUGCCAAAACAGCGCGCCAUGUGGCCCCCGAGCGGCGUGGCAACCGCGCCGCGUGCCCUGACCCCUUCGGGAUUUUCAAAGAUUAGGAUGGGCGGUUUUUCGCUUUUCGCGACCUCCCCCGGGC